GGAUCUGGUGUAGUUAAGGCUGGUUUCGCUGGAGAUCAAAUUCCAAAAUGUAGAUUUCCGAAUUAUAUUGGCCGGCCAAAGCAUACCAAAGUUAUGGCUGGUGCACUAGAAGGUGACUUGUUUGUGGGUCCUGUUGCAGAGGAACAUCGUGGCUUGUUAAGUCUUCGGUACCCAAUGGAACAUGGUAUAGUUAACGAUUGGAAUGAUAUGGAACGUAUUUGGUCCUAUGUUUAUAGUAAAGACCAGUUGUCGACCUUCAGCGAAGAGCAUCCUGUAUUAUUAACUGAAGCUCCACUCAACCCUUGGAAAAAUAGAGAAAAAGCUGCUGAAUUAUUUUUUGAAUCAUUUAAUGUUCCUGCUCUCUUUGUCUCCGUACAAGCUGUCUUAAGUCU